AUGGAUAAAUACACGGAAUUUUAUGAGAAACUUCGUAUUGAACGACAAUCGGUUAAAUUGAAUUCUGUUACAAUGAAUAAAACAAAAUAUGAUUCCCUUAUUGAAAAGGUUAAACAGCUGAAAGUAAAAACAAAAAAACAGGUGAAUGGUAUCACAAAAUUAAUAUCGCCUGUCUCUGAUGGCGAUAGUCUUAAAUAUUUUAUUUAUGAUGAGGAAUUAUUCGAAAUAUUACAUCACGCCCAUGUUACAACCGGACAUGGAGGACGUGAUCGAAUGAUGAAAAAUUUACGAGGGAUUUAUCAAAAUAUCACCUAUCGAGAUGUACAAAUUUAUUUAAACAUGUUUAAAGAUAACUCAAAUCCGGAUAAUCCACAACGACCACGAAAACGUCGAAAAUUAGAAAAUACACGUAGCGUACUUACAGCUCCAUCGACGUCCGAUCGAAUAUGCCCCAAUGAGAAAAAAGAAUUAAUCAAUCAAGCCCUAGCGAAAUUAAUUGCAAUGAAUCAAUUACCUUUAUCGUUUUGUUCAAGUAUUGGAUUUAAAAAUUUUAUGACAGUUGUUGAACCUAAUUAUAAAUCUUGUGGGGAAGAAAUAAUUAAACGAAAAAUCAUUGCGCUUAAAACAUCAGUUGAGCAAAAAGUACGGGAAGGUUUAAAUGCUGCUAAAAGUGUUGUCUGCUCAAUUGAUUGUUGGUCUUCCUCUCAACAAUACUUUAUUACAAUUACUGCGCAUGUGGUAAACAAUCGUUGGUGUGCCAAAUCAUAUACAUUAGCCAUCAGAGAAAUGGAAGAACAUCAUACAGCCAAGAAUUUUGCGAAUGAAUUCGAAAAUACACUCACCGAAUGGGGUAUUUCUCAAAAAGUGAUGACAGUAGUCACAGAUAAUACAAAAACAAUUGUACACGCAAUUUCCUUAAUUUAUGGUGAUGCCGGAAUUUAUAAUGUGACAUGCGCAGCGCAUACACUUCAAUUAGCUAUAAGUAGCGCCCUCGAAGAAGAAAAUAUUCAACAAUUGAUUCAACAAUGUAGUAAACUUGUAAAUCAUUUUAAUCGAUCUUCAUCUGCAAAACAAGCUUUGGAAACAAAGCAAGAACAACUGGGAAUGACAAAAACAAAUUUAUUACAAUGUUGCACCAAACGAUGGAAUACAAUUUUUUUAAUGUUAGAUCGAUUAUAUGUAAAUCGAUGUGCGAUUUCGAAUGUUAUCGCUGAUUGGGUGGUAACAAAUGCGUCGAUUGCACAAAAAUUAAUAAUCACAGAAAGUCAAUGGGCUCGAAUUGAAUCUCUUGUAUACAAUUUAAAACCAUUACAUGUAGCAACUACACUGUUUUGUCGAGAAAGUCAUUCUCCUGUAUCAAUGAUUCGACCAUUAUUGCAAAAAGUUUUCGAGAAACAUUUUAAACUUCAACAUGAAGACGAUGAGGUUAUUAUUUAUUUUAAACAAACGAUAAUUUCCGAAUUAAAACAUCGUUUUGAUCUCGAAUGGAAUACAACGAAUACAGUAUCAUUACGUCAUAUAGCUUGUUUUUUGGAUCCACGAUAUAAAGAUUUAGAGCAUGAACCGAUUCAUGUAAGAGAGACAAUCCGAUCUGAAGUGAAAUAUUUACUCCAAUCAAAUCUUCCGCAUACGGCUGUCCAACAAACCGUGGUUCAACCAAUACCUCCGCAUAAAUCAUCGCUGAAAAGUGGAUUAGAAUUUUUAUAUGGUGAUGAUUUAUCCGUACAAUUUCAUGGUUAUCCAUCUGAACCGCAACAACGAUUAGAUUUAGAAUUUCUAUAUGGGAAUGAAGUGAAGGAGACACCAGAUUUUACGAUACAAUUUCAAAAUUAUCUAGCUGAGCCACAAUUGCGUUUCGAUUUGGAUCCAUUUGAAUGGUGGAAAACGAAUGCAACCAAAUAUCCAGCGAUUGCUGAGCUUGCAAUGAAAUAUUUAGCAAUACCAGCAUCAGCUGUAAGUUCAGAACGAUGGUAUUCAACGACCGUUGGAAUAAUUGAAUUUGGUACAAAAUAUUUUGUGUUGCCAUGA